GAAGUAGAUGGCGUAGCAGAUUUGCACGUUUCCUUCCCUUUCUCGCUCCUUCCGUGACAUUUUUGCGAAACGUCGAUUUCGUUUCUUAUGAAAAUUAAUCAAAAAAAUCACAUUAGGGCAUGCUCGGUAAAGUUUUUCACACGAAAUACCGUGAUAUAAAAUCUAUAACCGUGGUUAAGUUUUUUUGUGCCAAGUGCAAUUAAACAAUCAAGAUUCCGCCGAUAAUUCAAAGCCUACCCAGUGGGUGGCUUAUUUUGGGAGCACCGGGCGAGUCCGGCGCGUCUACCAGUGCCGGGCGUAAGCGGCUAAGCAGGCCGCAGCAGGCCGCGCGCCCGCGCCCCGCGCCGCGCUGUUGGCGCCGCGCCCUCAACGUCGACCCGCCCUGGCUGCGAGCCCGGGCCCGCUGACGCCACCUAGACAUUACCUGACACUUGUGGACUAGCGCUAGUGGGCCACCACAACCCGGCUCGAACACCUGACACCGACCCCUCCGGCCCGGAACGGCAAGCAAAGCAUAGCCGACCCCACGCUCCGGCACUGCCGGGGCUAAGUCGGCUCCAAAGUCAACCUUAAAGUUAACCGCAUACGGCUCAAAAUCCCAGCCAAAAUGAAGGUCGUGGAAGAGGAACAGCUUAUUACUGUGAUGGACGGGCCUUGGGCCCCGACCGACCUGAUCCGCGAGAUCGUGGAGUCCGGCACCCAGGAGGAUCCCUUCUACAUCAUGGACCUCGGCGAGGUGGUGGCCAGGUACCACCGCUGGAAGGAACUCAUGCCGCGCGUCGAGCCCUUCUAUGCGGUGAAGUGCAACGACGACAAGCUGCUAGUGAGCACGUUGGCUGCGCUCGGCACUGGCUUCGACUGCGCGUCCAAAGCAGAGAUCGAACUCGUCACCUCCAUUGGAGUAGCGCCUGAACGCAUAAUAUUCGCGAACCCGGCUAAGAUGGCGUCCCACAUCCGCUACGCGUCGGCCGUCGGCGUCGACGUGAUGACGUUCGACUCGGAGACCGAACUCGUGAAGAUCAAACAAUACAUGCCUCACGCACAGCUCGUGAUCCGCAUCCGCUGUGACGCUGCAUCAGCCCAGUGUCCGCUGGGCAUCAAGUUCGGCUGCGACCCGGUCACUGAGGCUCCUCGACUACUCAAACUGGCCGCCGUCUUCGGUCUUGACGUGAUCGGUGUGUCGUUCCACGUGGGUAGCGGUGCCUCGGAGACAGACGUGUACGCGCGAGCCAUCGCACUGUCCCGGGCUCUGUUCCUGGUCGGGCACAACGUCGGACACAAGGCCAUGCGCAUACUCGACAUCGGAGGAGGAUUCCCUGGAGGGACCCACUCCUCUAUCCAGGAGGUGUCUGAAGUGAUAAACAGUGCUUUGGAGGAGCACUUCCCUGAGAAGUCGGUGCGGGUGAUCGCCGAGCCGGGCCGCUACUUCGCCGCCGCCGCAUACACCCUCGCCGCCAUGGUACACGCUAAGCGAGAGGUGACGUCGAAGGAGUGUCCGGACGAGACGCACACGAUGUACUUCAUCAACGACGGCGUGUACGGCUCCUUCAACUGCGUGCUGUACGACCACCAACAUGUAGUGGCUGAACCACUCAAUGACAACGGCUCGGCGCCGGCUCCGUGCUCGGUGUGGGGCCCGACGUGCGACGGGCUGGACUGCGUGCUGCCCGCGACGCGCCUGCCGCGCCUGGCCGUCGGCGACUGGCUCGUGUUCCGCGACAUGGGCGCCUACACCCUGCCCGUCGCCUCGCCCUUCAAUGGGUUCCCCGUACCCACCGUGCGGCCCGUCGUCGAUGCUAGACUUGCGUGCAUUCUGAAGGAGUUGCGGCCGCUGAGCGCGUCUCAGUUCGCGGCGGGUCGCGCGGUGGACCCGGCGCUGGGUGCCAGACGCCCGGCCAGCCGAGCCACGUCACCGUGCCGCGCCGUCUUCGUGGAGUGCGCGCUCAAGUGACGCUCGGACCCUCCCGCGCACCUCCCACACACACACGCACCCCACGCCCUAUCCAGAAACAGAUAGCAAAUAUUACAUCGAUUUUUUUCAUUUUUUUAUUCAUAGACAAUUAUGUGGUUUCUACAUAAGCUCGGACACGGCCUCAUUACAAUAGGUUAGACAACUAAUUCUUCAUUUAUUGUCCGUCUGGGAGAUCAUUUUAAAACAUUACACACGUAUUUUUGUUUUCUCACGGAAACAAAUACUUUCUAUAAUAUAUUGAUUUGAAAUAUCACAUUCUACGUACAAAAUGUACGUAGUAAUGACGUAGCUAGCUCCCACUUCUUAGCUUUGAGUUGUUUAAUUAAAGUAUUGUUUUCUUAUACGACAAAAUAAAAUAAUACGUGUCUAAUAUUUUUCCAUUACCUAACUGACGGAGUUUUCAUACCCCGUUUUCAUUCCUAUUACAGUACGACAAGGCAAACCACAGGUUCUUAUAGCAGCCUACGACAGUAUUCUCAAAGCAAGCAAGCAAUAAAAUAACUGUUCUGUGUAUUUGUGCUAAAGUUUAAAUUUCUUUGAAUACUUGUCUGUCUUCAUAAGAACCUCUGGUUUCUCUUAAAACCGUAGGUACUUAAACUUACUUGUGUGUGUGUUAGCGUUUAAUUCGUAAAAUGUAGAAAAUUUUUGCAUUUCAGUAACCAUUUGUUAAAUUCAAAAUCUCUGGGGUCAUUGUAACAUUUUGAUUUGUAUAAAUUGUAACGUUUUUUUUUCUUUUCUUUUAUUCUUACGUAGCGAUGUGAUCGUUAUCAUAUUAAAAUUAAUAUUUGUAUUUAUAAAAUGUUUAAAAAAUGUGGUGUCGCUUCUUACGCGGAUUUCGUUGUUUAUAUCUAAAAUAUUGAUUUCGCUUGCUAACCUUUAAUUGAUUUGGGUAACUUUUUAAUUGUUUAUGUAAAUAAAUUCACGGUGUUUUUUGCAUAUUUUGUAGAUGUAAAGUUAUUUACUCGAAAUGUAUUUCUCUAUACUAGUUACCGACAUGUGUAAUUGUGAUCAUGAUUUCACCUUAUAGAAUGGGUUUCGCAAAAAUAUUUGUGGCAAUUUGCUUUUUAAAUAAAAAUUUGUGGAAUGUA